GAAGAAGAUGACACAUCACUUUUCAUUAAGCCCAAGGAUUUUUCUACAAUAAGAAUUAAGGUGGCUAGUACAAUUACUAUCAAUGCUAAAAAAAUGGAUGACUACAAUUGCACCUUUUCCAUCAAGGACAGAGAAUCGAGCAAAGAGAUGUGGAGAAUUCGUAAAACUUACGCUCAAAUACUUUCUUUUGAUGCAGAAAUAAGGCCUUUCAUCGAAUUUUUUGGACUACCUCCUAUUCCAGAAAAGCCUUUGUUCAGCUCAGCAACACCAGCAAAAGUGGAUUCGAGAGGUCAAGCAUUACAAAUGUAUUUUGAUAGUAUUUUUCUGAUGCCACAUAUACCUCAAAUGGUCUUACUCAAAAUAUGUCGCUACAUUUCCGUUGAUUUUGUCAACCCUCUUGAUGACUAUCGGUCGGGUGCCAGAAAAGAAGGUUUCUUGAUCCGAAGGUAUAAAGGAUUGGGAACAAGCUGGAAAAUCAGAUGGUGUCAAGUGGAUGGUCCAGCACUAGAGAUUUACGACCAACCAGGAGGGUCUUUAAUUGAACAAAUUCAGCUAUCUGGUUCUCAAAUUGGAAGACAAUCAUCGGAUGUUGUAGCUGAAGAUCGAGGAUAUCGCCACGCUUUGCUUGUUAUCGAAAGUUCUAAAAGUCUGAAGUUAUCAGGCUUAUCUCCAAAACAUUUUUUUUGCGCUGAGUCGGACUUUGAACGAGAUGAAUGGAUCAAAAUUAUGAUUGAAUUCACAGAGGUUUGUGUUUACACUUCGGAUGAAAAUUUCACAACAUGGGACCAAACCGACGAGCGUACACUGCUGCUUCACAUUGAGCCAGAGGAAAUGUUAAGAAACAAGGCAACAAUUCAACCACACAGUCUAGCUGAACCAUUCAAUGAUGUGGGUGCUCCUACGGAUGAUAAUGGAUGCAUGCCACUCGACGAAGGUAGUCUCAAACAAAACCGAAAAACCAAAAUUAGGCAUUUAUUUCCUUUUAGAAGCAAGCAGAAUCUAACGGAAGACCUCCUGCCGAUACUUCCUGUCACACUUUCUGAUAAUCAGCCUGGCGUGCAGAAAAAUAUGCAGAAUUACCUUGAAAGACUUGAUCUUUCAGAAGAGCUGUCAAAAGCGGUUUUUGGAAGGGACCUCGAUUACGCCUUCACUUUGUCCACUCAUGAAUUUAGGGGUGUCAUGGUACCCAGCAUAUGUUUCAGAUGCUUAGAUUUCCUAACGAGAACUGGGGCAAUUUACGAAGAAGGGAUCUUCAGAAUGAGCGGCUCUGCUGCCGCCAUCAGAUCGUUAAAAGAAAUUUUUAACACACGUUUUGAUGUCGAUUUAUUCGACACGCCACUUAAGCCUGAUAUACACACAGUAUCUGGGCUUCUCAAAACAUAUUUGAGAGAACUACCAGGGUCACUUUUUGGAGAUGCCACUUAUUGCGACUUGCAAAAUAUCGUAACGACGCGUAUCAAUCAGAUUCCUCAAUCAGAAAUCAGCUUGAUGAUUAGAAACUUUCUACGAGAUUCGAGUAACAUUGACGAGAUUCACUAUAAUUUCUGCUUGGUUAUUUUUGGGUUUUUGCGCUCGGUCAUUGCCAACAGCUCUAGAAACAAAAUGUCAUUGAAAAAUGUCUGCAUUGUUUUUGUCCCAACGCUCAACAUCUCGGUUGAUAUUUUGAGCAUAUGUUUGGUAGAUUAUGAUUUUAUUUUCGGAGAUCUGGCUCCGGUUCCUGAUACAGAGCGUGAGAUUCUCGAUUUACAGAUUCCCACAUUUUAA